UUGAUUUGGGCCGAUGGUGGGCUUUUCUCGGCUCCACCUCCAGCUGCUGUCUCGUCUCUCUGAGCCGUUCCCUGCCGCAUCUCGUCGCUGCCAUCCCUUCGUUGUCGCCUUCACUCCCUUCUCGCAGCCGUAUCCUCGUUUCAUCCCCGCCAAGUGUCCUUCUUCCAUCCAGCUGACAUCGGUGCCGUCUCCUACUUAUCGUCCUUCGAGCUGAAUUCGCUUCCGUCGACUGCUGCUCUUCUCGACGCGUGCUUCUCAUCCCAUCUCGUAGUCUUCGCCGCUUCAUCCUUUUUCCCGCCCAGCACUGCUAGUGAAGCUAUAUAUACACAGGAAACCCCAGGACAGAAGACCAGGAAGCUGUACACAUAAGAAUGGCGUUGGAGCAGGAGGAGUUCAAGGAGUAUGCUGAGAAGGCAAAGUCACUGCCUCCGGCGACGAAGGAUGCCGAUAAGCUCGUCCUCUAUGGACUCUUCAAGCAAUCCACCCUUGGUUCUGUCAACACCAAUCGUCCUGGAAUGUUCAGUCCAACUGAAAGGGCGAAAUGGGACGCCUGGAAAGCAGUUGAAGGGAAGAGCAAAGAAGAGGCAAUGACCGAGUACAUUGCCAAGGUGAAGCAGUUGAUGGAAGGAGAUGAAUAUCGACUAGAGCAUCCAUUAUUGUUCAGGACAACCGAUUUGGUGUGGAGGUCCUUCAUAUCAACCUAGGUUCACCCUUUUUACUAUUCAACGUGACAAAUUGUAAGUUUUAUUUCCAUUAUCCACGGCAUCAGCUUGAUGAACU